AUGGUUUGUUUAAUGUGCGUCGCUGUGUGGGUGACUGUUGCUGUCAUCGCUUACAAAUUUCUCUUUUCUGGCAAGAAAAGCAGAAAAGAGAUACAAAAAGUGGAUUGGAAGAAGGAUACCGUAUACCUCUAUCAGUUUCCUCGUACGAGAGCAUUACCAAACAUAUCACCGUUCUGUUUGAAGGUCGAGACGUUUCUCAAAGCCAACAAAGUCCCUUACGAGGUGUGUCCACUUUUGAUGGGUAGGUCGGAAUAUGGUCUGUUGCCAUUUAUCGAGCUGAAUGGUGAACACAUAGCUGAUUCGCAGAUUAUCGUCGAUCGUCUCAGCAAACAUUUCGACAUCAAGCCACUAUCGUCUCCAAAAGAUGAAGCUGUCGCAAGAGCUGUUGAACGAAUGGCGGAUAACCAUACAUUCCUCGUCCAGUACCAGUUCAAAGUUGUCGAGAACAACAACGAAUUUUUCGCAGUGGCUCUGCGCGACAUGGGUUGUCCUGAGUUCCUCAUACCUGUUGGAGCACCGAUCAUAGCUUUCCUGAUGAGGGCAAAGGCAACAAAACGAAUAACCGCUGGUGUAGGCAAGUUGUCUAGUGAAAACUACAAGGAUCUCUUAAGAAAGGACUACGAUGCUUUCCAGUCUCUGCUUGGAGAGCAAAAGUUCUUGUUUGGGGACUACAUCACUACGGCUGAUUGCACUGUCUUUGGACAAUUGGCUACAACGCUUUACCUCCCUACAGACAGUCACGCCAAGAAUGUCUUGAAAGAUCAAUACCCGUCAUUGGUGGAUUAUUGUAACCGAAUUAGGGAUACUGUCUUUGGCAAGGACUUUGCUUUAGAGUAA